AUGUUGCUGUCUCACCAAUUUGCAUUGUCUUGGACGAUCGCGCGUCGCGCUUUCUCCUCCUCUCCUGCUCAUGCGCUCUCGCAUCAUGAGCAGUCCCACACAAAGCCUCGAGACGCAUCUCUCUGCUCCUCCAGCGCCACUCGACCAGUCUCAGCUGCUCAACGCCCAGCGCAGCAUCAAAUCCUGGUGGAUCUCCGUCAGCUCCGAGAGGACUUUGAAUGCUGGGCUUCUGCUCGCCUUCAUCAGACGGACGACGUGGUCGAAGCCCGUCUGAAAGCGGGCAUCGAAGAGAUCACUGCGCUCGAGCGUGAUCAAGCCCAGAAGGAUGCCCGCCUUCGCGCCUUCGUCGAGCAAGUCAAGCACGCUUUCAACAGUCUUCAAUAUUGA